GGUUACAAUUGUAGGCAAGGAGACAUGCAUUGAUGGCAUAGUACGCACAGCGGCCUCGCUGUAGCGCUAUGACAUCGUUGGAUUCCGCGGGUUGUGCUGGAGAUUCGUUCACAGCAGGAGGAGAUUCGUUCGAUUCUGCAGAUUGCACAGGUGGAGGAGACUCAUUGCGGCGACGCUGUCGUUCCGAACGGUUGCGAGCAUGUCGGCGGACCAAAUCUCUAGUAGCCGUUGGAGGCGCGGUGAUCAAGCCGUUCACGGCUAGACGAGGUGCUGUCUUGGCUGUCUUGGGGACGGCGGUGGAGACGGAGAAUGGACCCGCCGAAGAGGCAUCUGCAAUGGUUGGUCCAAUGUCGUACGCGUCCGCCGACUGGGCCUUUGUCGUAGCUGAUCCGACCAUGAAUGUGAUGAUGGUGAUGAUGAUGUUGAGGUUGAUGACGAUGAUGCUGGUAGCGACGGCGGCUGCGAUAGUGGUGCUCAAGGUGGUGGGGAGGGUGGUGGUGAUAGGGCAGGGGGCAUUCGUGGUGAUGAUGAUGGCGGUGGUGGUGGCAGAGGUGGUGAUGGCGGCCAUGGCGGCGGUGGAACUGCCACCGUAUUCGUAGUUGCAGCCACUUCGCCCAAAUUUGUUGCGAUUGGUCCGGUCUCCUGUCGGGUUGGCGUAUUCUCAUUAGCAUUUGGAAU